AUGAAUGUUGGUCAAGAAAAUGAAGUUAAAGUUAAGCCUACCCACUGCGUAUGCAUGGAAGACAUGUUGAUGGUUGUUGGUGUUACUCCUCCGUAUAUACUUGAUUUGCUGCAAGAUGAGGUGCAGAUUAGAUUGCCCACUGCCCAGGCUGUUGCCCAGAACGGAAGUUGUGAAUAA